GCGACCUUCUCCUGACAACCAAACAACCCCCCAUCAUCUGUCCAUCCACUCACUUACUUGUGCUCAUCGCUAACAGCGUUCCACGGUAGACAGCUUGAUAAACAAUGGUUGACACGAAAGAAUUGAUCCGAAAGGAGGUCAAGACGAUCACCUCGUCCUCUUCUCAUGGUCGCAGCGGGUUCAUGAGGGGUGAUGGCUACUUGCAGCUUUACCUCUCCCAGCUUCAACAUAAUCCUCUGCGGACCAAGAUGCUCACCUCGGGUACCCUUUCCGCCCUCCAGGAAAUCCUCGCGUCUGUUUACGCCGGUGAUCGCGACAAGAAGGGAUCCUAUCUCACCCCUCGCGUGCCGAAGAUGGCCAUCUAUGGUGCUCUGAUUUCCGCUCCGCUCGGUCACAUUCUCGUGACCUUGCUCCAGAAGGCGUUCGCCGGUCGCACCUCGGGCAAGAGCAAGUUGGCGCAAAUACUGGUCAGCAACUUUGUCGUGUCCCCCGUCCAGAACUCGGUCUAUCUCGCCUGCAUGGCCGUCAUUGCCGGCGCUCGCACACCGCACCAGAUCCGCGCUACGGUCAAGGCCGGCUUCAUGCCGAUUAUGAAGGUGUCUUGGUGCACGAGCCCCUUGGCGUUACUGUUCGCGCAAAAGUUCCUGCCUCCCCAUGCAUGGGUGCCGUUCUUUAACCUUGUCGCCUUCGUCAUCGGGACUUAUAUCAAUGCCAUGACCAAGAAGAAGAGACUUGCUGCGCUUAAGAGGAAGAAGUUGCACGAUAGGAAGGACGUUGUCGAAACGAAGGAGUACUACGUGCGACGAGAGAGAGACUAGGGAGGGGGAGAAAUAACGAUGAAAAGGGGAAUCUUUUUUUUUUUUUUUAAUGAAAGGGAUUUCCUUCUUUUCUUUUCCUUUUCCUUCUUUCAUCUUUUCAGCCUCGGUUUGUUGGAAAAUGGGAGUGCGCAGAGUAGAAAAUUUCUUAUGAAAGGAAAGAAGAAAAAAAUACCACUCUAAGACUUACAUUAAUCUCUA